AAAAGAAAAACGAAUUAAGGGUUAGGGCUUACCUUGCCAGAGGAGAGAGAGGGAAGGAGGCGCUGAGAGAGAGAGAGAGAGAGAGAGAGAGGGAGAGGGAAGGACGCGCCGAGACAGAGACGGGGAAGGAGACGCUGAGAGAGAGAGAGAGAGAGAGAGAGAGAGAGAGAGAGAGAGAGACGCUGAGAGAGGGAGAAGGAGACGUUGGGUCAGAGCAGGCAGGUACACUUUCAAUUUAGCUGCGUUUCCACCUCCCUCUCCCAACUUCGAAAUGGAUAGCCGUUGCUUGUAACAAAGUAACCUGUGACUUGAAAAACACCUAAUUCCUCUGUUACAUUUCUUGCAAUCUUACCUGAUAGAAAGUUACGGGUUGAGACUUUGUUACCUGUAACAUUUGUCCCCCAAACAUAAACUGUAAGAAAGUCACCUGUAACUUUCUUACAUUUUACAGAAGUUAUAGGCAUCCAAACGACCCCUAAAGUACCCUUCACGAAGCCUAAACCCAUUCGAUCAAAGGCGACCUCAGACGGGCAUUUGCGAACACUAGUUCUCUACAGUAACUCGCUCCAGACUCGGAAUCUACGUUUAGAGGGAUCGAGACUAUUGCCAAUACCAGGCCAUGGCAACAGAAAUCCACCCUUCGGAAGCAGUAAAAGCCCCAAAGAAACGGAAGUCCAAGCAUAAGAACACUGGUAAAGGGAGAAAGAAGAAUGGGACGGAAUUUCAUCAAGAAUCCAGAGCGAAGGCUAUGAAUAGUAGGAAAAUGAGAAAAUUGUUUCAGAAACGGGCGAAGGAGUACAAUUCUGAUGAUGAUGAUGAUGAGUCGGACCAGGAAGCUGGGGAUCUGAAAGCUGGGACAAUUGAUCGUGGAGAGGAACUUGCUGUUGGGGGUUCUAGCGGAGAAGAUGAAGGAGCGAAUGGUUUGGAUGGUGCUCGAGAGGAAGGAGAUGAAGAAGGCAGAGAGGAAGAAAGGGGAGGCUCUGAUGAUGAGGAUGACGGGAUUCAGCUAGGGAUUGCUAAGUUCACCGAAGGAUGCAGGGCUUUCCGAAUGGCAUUCUCGAAAAUCAUGAAGAAGAAUGUUUCGAAGGAUCCACUUGGUCCUGUUUUGUCCGGUCAAAAGAAGCUCAUCGCAGAAAAGCUUGCGGAAGAAGAAGCUGAACGUAAAGUUAAGGCAGAAGCCAAGAAGGAGAAACACUUGGUGAGAGAGAAAGGACAUGCGAAGCCUGCCAAUUUCUUGGAUGCAAAAGAAAAGUUUCUUGUCAGCGUUGCCACGAAAGGAGUGGUCAAGUUAUUUAAUGCUGUCAAUAAGGCACAAAAUGCUCAAAAAGGCUUAAAUCCUGCAAGGUCUAAAGAUGCAAAAGUAUUGGGGAAGCGAAGAAAAGAAGCCUUCUUGUCAGAGUUACACAAGACAUCUGAUUACUCUGUUCCUUUCAAUGCUACCAAGGGUAUUAAAGCUGCACGACCAGAGAAUAACGAUGAGCCAGGGUGGGCUCCUUUGCGUGACAAUUACAUGCUUACGGAUGCCAAGUUGAAGGACUGGGAUAAAAUGACUGAUCCUGCUGAGUCUAUUGUUCCAGAUGAAAUGCCUCUAACUGAUAGUUCCUCUGAUGAUGAAUAAAGCAUGAAGAAAAUAAUCAGGUACAAACAAGAAUUCAUCUUGUCCUUUUGUGUCUGCGUGGACUAUGGUUAUCAACCUGUAAGAUCACAUCCAAUUUUGCCUUGAAAUGUGAGUACUAUGCUUCAAAUGAAGUGCAUAAGCUGGUCCUUUGUCGGUAAUAAGAAAGGAAUUAGGAUACUUGUAUGACAACCCCAUUGAGUUAUUGAUAGCAAUGGGAGCCCCAGAUUUUUCUUGGUUUUUGUUUACUUGAAAACAGGUAAGAACCCUUUUUCUGUAUAUUAAUAGCAUUUAUUAGUACUCUUAUAGAAACAAUGUCAAGAUCGAUCUCUAGAAAUUUAGCUUCUUUCAUCUGCGUAGAUUAUCAGUGACUUGCUUUUCAUAUUCAACAUCUGAACCGACCAUCAGGCAGGUUGUACCUUGGAUUGGUCAUAUCCCAAAAGUCACAUUGAUUGAGAAUUGUAACUCCCAGAUUUCAGGGGUUGUCUAGUUAAAAAUGGAACUAUUAAAUUUGUUUUA